UAUCUUCAAGCAAACAAGCCCUUCUUUUUCUGUCUCUUAUUGUUAUCUUCUUGUUGUGCUUUGUCUUCUUGAGAAGUGUUUGUUUGUGAGGGGGAAAACACCAUGGCUAAGUUUGUUGCUAUCCUGCUUUUUACACUCAUUGCGAUUUCCAUGCUCCAAACGAUGGUUAUGGCUUCAAAUGGAAAUGGAGGUCACCACUACAACAACGGGAAUCGCUAUGGAAAUGGGAGUCUCAAGAGCUUCCAAUGCCCAAAAGAAUGCGACAGGAGGUGCAAGCAGACACAGUACCACAAUGCCUGCAUACUGUUCUGCAACAAGUGUUGCAAGAAGUGCUUGUGUGUGCCCCCAGGUUAUUAUGGUCAUAAAGAAGUGUGCUCUUGCUACAAUAACUGGAAGACCAAGGAAGGAGGACCCAAAUGCCCUUGAAACUUCAACACCUCUUGAUUGGUCUCCCUUUUUUCUUGUAACUGUCAAAAAAGCAGUGUUGGUACUGCAGCCACUUAUGUCUAUGUCUAACUAAUUAUGAUUCUGUUUUUGGGUUAUGUUGGAAAUGUUUUUUUUUUUUUGUUUAGUCACUCCAUGGGCUGAGGCUCUUUAAUUUCCUCUUACAAUGAGAGUGGCUACUGUGUUACCUAUCUAAUUAUUAUAUAUAUCAAUGAAAUGAAUUUCAUGUUUUAUAAUUA